UAUUGAAGCACCAUGAACAGUCAUGGCCAUGACAAGCGAGACGAGAGUGCCGCUCCGCACACACCCACGUCUCGGCACCAGUCGCAGGAGGCGCACUCUCGUGUGGCUCGUGCCGAAAAGUACGUCGCCGAGACGGUGGCCGAAGUCGGCGAAGCCGCAAUGGCCAUGGUCCACGAGCUCAGGGUCGACAUCGAAAACAUCGUUGAGGUGGCCAAGAGCCCAUGGGAUAGCCCGACGAAAGCAACCUUCAUGGAGAAGAUCCAGACUCUCAAGGACUUGAGUCCGACCAAGGCGGACAUGGUCAAUAGCGUCAACAAGCUCAAGAGCAUGUGGCGGUACCGCCGGUCGACCGCGUCGAAUGCUGCCGACGGAGAAGACGACGGGUACUCGUCGUCGGAAGAAGACGAAGAGGAGUGGGGUGUUGUGCUAGAGAUGCCGAUCGAGACAAUCUUGGCCGACUACUCAUGCCGCAAGUGGAAGGACGCACCGGACUACCUUUUGCGCGCGCUCGACAUCCACAAACUGCGCCAACUGCCCAUCGCCCAUACCCGCAAGUUGUACCUCAUUCUCACGGGCCCAGGAUACGCCUUGCUUACAACCGUCGCCAACUGGGCGUUGGCGUCGAGCAUCUUCUUCAUGUACGCAGUGCUUGUCGGGUUCGGGUCCGCAGUGUACGGGGCGGCCGUCCUCACGGGGGUGCUCCCUCGUCCCGUCUUGCGCUCGUGGAAAGCUGUCUUUAAGCUCGAAUGGGAAGCGCUCAAGCUGUUCUUGCGUCUGGAAUGGGAAGCGUGCUUAGACUACCGAGUUCGGCAGCCUCGAAUUGAUGAACUGGUGACAAGCACGGACAAGGAGACGAAGAAGCGUGUGCUUGCUCAAAUCGUCGACACCGUCCUGGACAACAUUCGCGCGGACGUGGCGGGCAGCAUGCGGUACAAGGACAUGUCGAGCUCCGUGUCGCUCGGCAGUGUCAUCGUGUGCGGAACGCUCUACGUACUGUUUCUCUCGUUUACGUUUGUUGGGACGAACAUGGACUUUACCCAAAUGAACACAAAGAACUUUGACGGACUCGCCAUCAUCUUGCCGUUCCUGCUCGCGGAGGAGCUCGCGGUGUUUUUGGCGCGCGUGACGCUCGUGAUCAAGUGGUUCUCGGUCUUCCUCCACGACAACGCGGUGGUGCAGAUGGUCGUCGACGACAGCGGCCCAAACGACAAGACGUCGCUGACCGAAUUCGUAAACGACGCCCGCACCAUGUGCAAAAGCAUCGGGGUCGGUGCGUGGGACAUGACUGGCAUCGCGUCGGCCAUGACGGCAGUGUGGACGAUCUUUUUUUUGUACCAAAGUUACUACGUCGACAUGAAGUCGCAAGGGAUGGAGCCGGGGCCACCAGGGCUGGCAAACACCAUGUUCUGGACCAUGGUGCUGUAUUCGGUCGCCAUCAUUACGCUGUGCGCGCUGCCGUUUACGAGUUGGUUUGGCGGGGCCGUCCAGAGCGACGAAAAGUACAUGGCUAUGCUCAAGAGCUGCCAAGCGUUCAUGAUGAUGUAUCGGCUAUCGAAUGUGCAGCAGGAAGUGUCGGUCGCGAUCCGCAAAGAAAUUGCGCGGCAGCGGGGCGUCCCCGUCGGGCAGCACGUGAGCACGGAAGAGAAGCGGCUCCUCCGGAGCUUUCGCGCCGGGAUCCUCAAAACCCUCGACAAAACCGACUUUGUCUCGUACUUGUUGUACACGAUCUGCAUGGCCCUCGUGGACUUUGAAGCCCCGGACGGCGAAAACGCCUACUACCGCGACACGUCAACUGGCAAGGGCCCGGCCACCAUCAAGCGUCUCCGCCACCGCAGCACAUACACGCACUGCACCAAGCUCGAAAUCCCGAUCGACCAGCUCCAAACGGUGGAGAUCGCACUCUUCAACGCGUCCAUGUCGAGCUACGACGACGUGGACGUGAUCGAUACAUCGGUCGACAAGGCACACGGCGCCGUCGUUCCAAGCAUGUACGAGCUCGACGUGCUCGAUUCCACGGUCGGCGCGUCCUUUCUCGACAAGCAAGUGUACGAGCUGAGCCAAGUGCUCGAGAACCCGAGUGUGCGCGAUGUCGCGGUGUACCGCAACCCGUACACAAACCAGUUGGUUCUGGGCCUCGAAAUGACCAUGAUGGAGCGUCGCGACAAGCAGCGCCAGACAACGACCAACGUGCUCGGGAGCGUGUACCUCCUCGCCAUCACAAACGAAGCCAGUCGCUUUGAAAUCGGCAACGGGCCGAUUUUUCUGCGUGGCGCGGGCCUCGAAAAGAAGGGCCUCCGUCUCGAAGAUGUGGACGUCGUGUUUGAACGGGUGGGCAGUCGCGUGCUCCCGCGAUACAUUCGACGGUGCGUAUUGGCCAUGACCCAUGAAGCCACGCUGUUUGAGCAAGCCGACGACUACCUCCGCGGCAGCGGUCCCAAGUCACGCGGGUCGACGUCGUCCCUCGCCAAGGAGCUUGCGCCGCGCACCGGCAGUGCGUCCCACAUGACUGCGUCCGACUACCGCGCGGCGAAGACAACCACCGCCGACGGCCCUUCCACCGCCGGGGGAAUGCAGCGCAGGGCCAGUGGAUUCAAACCAACUCAGAGUUGGAAGGAAGGAUCGAGUCGGGAGGCCGCAGCCACGAGCCCCGCAGCCCCCGCCGGCACGGACCAUCAUGCGCGGGUUGGAUCGGAUACAGAGCUGCGGUGGUUGCACCCCAAGGGGUCCCACCGAAACCUGUCAUCUUGGACGUCCAACCCUUGAGUCCAUGGAGCCGCUCGCUGCGGAUGCUGCUGCUGCUGCUGCUGUUUGCGGCCAGUGUGAAGCAGGGAUUGUGGCGUGCUAGUCGAAGGAGUGGCAAUGGGCUUGGUAGCGAUGUAUGUCGAAUGUGAAUUCAAUAGAGUUCCUGUGAGCGCU